GUUGAUAGUUCAGCAAAGGAACAAUUUUUCAGCAACUAAAGUCACUUUCACAAUAAAUGAAUCAAAUUUAAAUGGGAAAAAAGGACAAGUAAGCAGCUAUAGCUUCCAGGGAGAGAGAGAGGACAUGCACUCAAUAACAAGGACUUAAAAAACUUCUUUGUCCAGCACAAGCCGAGCAGGUAAUGCAACUAAGAGGCAGAGAAGGACGAGACAAAAGCAUCCUCGAUGGAAGCUUAGAAAUCACAGGAAACAAAGAGUAUGGAAGUUGUGAAAUUGCUGGAAUAAAACCUUAACUGUCCACCCCAAAGGCCAUACUCUUCACCGAUGCAUAUGCUUUGUAACCAUCGGAUUCCUUAAAUUUAAUAAGCAUAAAGCAUCUUCAUCCACGCUUCUUUGGAUACAUUUUUGCCGAAUUCUUGUCCCUCCAAGAUUUUUUUAACAUUGUUUAAAAAGAUUAUAAGAAAAACAAGCUGGCUGAGAGUUUUGGUUGAGUUUCAGAAAAAUGGAGAACUUGUCACGAAGCAACAAAGCUUCUCAGCCUCAUUCCUCUGCUCCAUUGAAGCAAAGGCGGAGUGGUUAUGAGCCAUCAGAUACAGAGACUGAAUGGCAUGAAAGUCCCUGGCAUGAUCAUAACCGGAAGAUCGGGACAUCCACUCUUGUAUUGGCAGAUAAAAUUGAGUCCAAUUUGCCAAGAAACAUUAGCCCUUUGAAACUCGGCCGAAAACAUUCUUCAAAGGUUGAAUAUGAUAAAGGGUCUCCACCUAGAACCAGUCCUCUUCCAAGGAGACAUAAUAGUAGCAAGUCUCCUUACAAGACAAGGAGAGAUGAUGGUAGAAAUAUUAGCCCCUUGUCGAAGUCAAAAUCCGAUCGUUGGAGGCAUGUAUCUCCUUAUAAACCUGGAAGAGAGGAGCAUAAAUUACAUAAUGAAAUGGGAAAUGGCGAGAUUGCAGACUUAAACAGGAAGCAAGGCCGUAGAACUCCAACAAGAGAUGAAGUGGGAACAAUUGGGCAGCUUCUUGAGGCUGAUAGAGGGAAUGAAAAUUCCAACUAUAAUCAUCGAUCAGAAACUGCACCACCAAGACAAAGAUUUAGAGAGAAGGACCAACAGAACAAUGUUGGUUAUGAUCAAGUGGAGCAAAGAGGGGAACGAACACUCUCUCCAAUCUCAAGGAACAUGAUACGCAAGCAAAGAGAAGCUUCCCAUGUGAAACUACAAUCAGGAGAUGAAAUCAAUGAAAUGGUUGCCAAUGAAAAGAUUUCUAAAAGCCCUAUAUAUAAUGCUGCUAUUUUUGAAAGCACAGAGUCCAUUUCACCUGGUGAUAUCUUCUUUUCUCGUGAUGCUGCAGCCUUGGCAAUGGAAAAGAAUGUCUUGCCAAAUAAUGGUAGCUUUGAAAAUCAUGUUCUUCCAAAGCCACCAAUGUAUGCCCAAAAAGAUUCCACAUCCCAUCAACGAAUGAGAGCUAAUGGAAAUGUUGAUCCGAAAGCUCGAUGGUCCAGCUUAUCACGAACAACUAUGACUUCUAGUUCAGCUGCUAGCAGACAUAGUAGUGGUAAGCUUAGAACUGAAAGUAGUAAGAUAAGUGAUAAUAGCGGGAGGAGUAGUAGUGUAAACUCAGGUAAGUUCACAGCCAAUAGACUAAAGGGCCAAAGUGAGGCCUGGUUUGCUUGUGUGAUGAGGAAAGGACCCUGCAGGACCUCAAAGAAAUCACCAGAAAAGCAAGCCUUUGAUGAGGCCUUUUUCAUUGCGAAGGCAUUUGUUGUUGAAAAACUGAGGCAAUUUUGGGCUGAUAAAUAUCAACCAACUUCUUUGAAUGGAUUCACCUGUCACAAACAAGAAGCUGAGCUUCUGAAGCAACUUGUAUCACAUGAGAGCUAUCCUCAUAUAUUGUUCAAAGGACCAUCUGGUUCUGGGAAAAGAGCACUAACAAUGGCUUUCCUGCGAGAAAUAUACGGCGACUCUAGUUGGAAUGAGAAAAGGCCAAUGCAAGUUAUUGUUCCACUUGCUUCCAGUACUCAUCAUGUGGAGCUUAAUGUAAACUUGGAAACAAAUGCUAGAUAUGCAUUAAUGGGAUUAGUCAAAGAAAUAAGCACCAAUUAUACAAUUACCCCUGAAACCAGUACUGCUAAUCUCAAGGCAGAUUACAAAGUUAUAGUUCUUUAUAAUGUUGACAAGGCACCAGAGAGUAUGCAUCACUUGAUAAAAUGGAUUAUGGACUGUUAUUCAGAUUCGUGUAAAUUCAUACUCUGCUGUGAAGAUGGCAAAGACAUCCUAGAAUCAGUAAAGAAUCGCUGCAAAGUUAUAAAAGUAGAUGCCCCAGGAACUCAUGAAAUCAUGGAGGUACUUAUUCAGAUUGCAAGGAAGGAGGAGUUUGAUCUCUCCAUGAACUUCGCUGCUAAAAUUGCUGCCAAAUCAAAGCAAAACCUGAGAAAAGCAAUCAUGGCUCUUGAAGCCUGCAAAGCACACAACUAUCCUUUUGCUGAUGAUCAACCAAUUCCACUUGGAUGGGAAGAGGUCUUGAUAGAGCUUACAUCAGAAAUUCUGGCCGAUCCAUCACAUAAUAAAUUAUACAUAAUACGGGGAAAGAUUCAAAAGCUUCUUGCGGGUUUUGUUCAUCCUAAACUGAUCCUUCUGAAGCUGGUAGAACAAUUUCUUAAGCAAGUUGAAGCUGGUUUAAAAAGGGAACUUUGUUAUUGGCAUGCUUAUUAUGACAAGAGGCUCCCAACGGGAACAAGUGCCCUGUUGAAAUUAGAAGAGUUCGUGGCCAAGUUUAUAGGCAUAUAUUCGAAGAGUUCCUAUAAUGUGUAAUACUUCUGCUGAACUAUACUUUUGUUCAAAUCAUUUUGUUGCAGUAGAUACUGGCUUUUUCAGAAUAGGAAUUUCUGUUGCAAAGAUUGGUCAUAAUCCUGCUGGUAUUGUUGUAGAAAUAUGUUAUCAAAAAUGGAUUGGACAAGAACAAUGGAGCUCAAUUGUCAGACAGAAGCAUAUUAGACUUGUAUCAAUGAAUGAAAUGCUGUUCCAAUUUUGGAUCUACUUCAAGGGCGUUUUGGUGAAAAUAUUUCAUGAUAGUUUGAUAGUUUGAGGGAAGGUUUUUGGAAGUUAAAACCUCAUCAAGUCAUCCUUAAAACAUUAGUGUGACUAUAAGUCACAAUUAGAUUGAACCUAGGUCCCCAAACUCAAACUUUGGGCAUAUGCUACAUUUCGACCAAAUGCUGAGUAAUCUGGUUCCUUCAAGAUUGUGCCACAAC